AUGGCUUCGUCGGGACCGUCUUACGCUCCCAGGCCGACAAUAGACCUCUUUGUCUUCUUUACGGCACCGAUCUACGCACGAAUUAUGGGUUCGACCUCAAUUUUCCGCGUUUUCCUACAGUUAAACGUGUACCAUGCGCUUUGCGGGUUAUGCGCGAGACUAUCUAAUAGCUCAAGGAGAGACUCUUAUGCGAUACACUGUCUUAGUGGAGCUGCCAUCAUCUGCUUUGCAUUCAAUGCGAUGAGAAUGAAGUGGGCGGAUUGGUACAGCGACCAUCCCGUCUGGGCGGGAGAGCUGCUCUAUUAG